GAACCGAGCCGCGCCAUAGCGAGGUUUCGAACGCUCGAUACAUCAGCCACCUUCCGUCUGCGUGACUCGGCCAGCGAACUCGCCGACUGAUCAUCGCAGAAGAACUUUUUUUUUUAAGCCUCUCGUCACUCCUCGAACUGUUGCGCAAUCUCUUGCUGUGUGCGGCACCGCUGCAGACUGACCACGCGUGAGAGUUUGCAACUGGUGGCGGUGUUGUGGCACGGAUUGCUCAACACGAAGUCGCUAGACUACUAGGUACAGUGCCUUUUUUUUUUUUCUUUCCUUGCUGCUCUCCUCUUCCAAUCCAGAUCGUGUCGCAAGAGACGAUGCAUUUCGCAAUUAGUUCUGUGGGAAAUAGUUGUGAGGACGCUGAUUCAACAGGCUGUCGCUUUCCGUGUGUGUAGUGACACUCGGGCUGUGCUUUUUUUCCCUAUCGUCUGCUCGCUGUGAGGGCGCUGCUCAAGGAUCGUCUGCAUCCACAGUUCAAGGACACACAUGGCGUCGAACAGCGUGAAAACGAAGCAGACGAUCAACCAUGAGGAGUCAGCCACUCUCAUGCAGAAACCUGAGGCCUCGGUGCCGGUUAAAAAGAAGCGAAAAGGGAAAGAAGACCUGGACGAGCUCAAACAGGAGCUUGAGAUGGACGAACACAAGGUCCCCAUCGAGGAGCUGUAUGAACGCUUCGGCACUGACCCCAACACGGGUCUCACGCCGGAGAGAGCCAAGGAGAUUCUCCUUCGAGAUGGUCCCAACAUGCUGACCCCACCUAAGACGACCCCAGAGUGGGUCAAGUUCUGCAGGCUGUUGUUUGGGGGCUUCUCCCUCCUCCUCUGGAUCGGCGCUAUCCUCUGUUUCAUCGCCUACGGUAUCGAAGCCUCGGCUUACGAGGACCCCGCCGAGGACAAUCUCUACCUCGGUAUUGUCUUGGUCACAGUCGUGGUGGUGACCGGGGUAUUUUCUUAUUAUCAGGAAGCCAAGUCGUCAAGAAUCAUGGAUUCCUUCAAAAACCUCGUACCUCAGUUCGCCAUCGCCAUUCGUGGUGGCCAGAAGCUAACACUGAAAGCAGAGGAGAUCGUUGUUGGUGAUGUCAUUGAAUGCAAAUUUGGAGACCGGGUACCUGCCGACAUCCGGGUCAUUUCAGCUCACGGCUUCAAGGUGGAUAACUCUUCACUGACUGGCGAAUCAGAACCUCAGUCCCGCACCGCGGAGUUCACGAACGACAACCCGCUGGAGACCCGCAACCUGGCCUUCUUCUCCACCAACGCCGUGGAAGGGACAUGUCGCGGACUGGUGAUCAGGACUGGUGAUGACACUGUCAUGGGCAGAAUCGCCAACCUCGCCUCUGGCCUCGAAGUGGGCGAGACGCCGAUCGCCAAAGAGAUCCGCCAUUUUAUUCACAUCAUCACGGGCGUGGCCGUCUUUCUGGGAGUUUCCUUCUUUAUCAUCGCCUUCAUCCUUGGAUACUUCUGGCUCGAUGCUGUCAUCUUUCUUAUUGGAAUCAUCGUUGCCAACGUACCGGAAGGACUUCUGGCCACAGUUACGGUGUGCCUCACGCUCACCGCCAAACGCAUGGCCCGCAAGAACUGUCUGGUAAAGAACCUCGAGUCUGUGGAGACACUGGGGUCCACAUCAACCAUCUGCUCAGACAAGACUGGCACCCUGACCCAAAACCGUAUGACAGUGGCACACAUGUGGUUCGAUGGCCGCAUCCUAGAAGCCGACACGCAUGAGGACCAGUCACAUGCAUCGUACGGUCGCAACGACCCCACGUGGACAGCUCUGGCACGGGUGGCCAUGCUGUGCAACAGAGCUGAGUUCAAGGAAGGACAGCAAAAUAUACCGAUACUCAAACGAGAGUGCAAUGGCGAUGCCUCCGAGUCUGCGCUACUCAAGUGUGUGGAGCUGUCCAUCGGGAAUGUCACUGAAUUCAGGCGCCGAAAUAAAAAAAUCUGCGAGAUUCCCUUUAACUCCACCAGCAAAUAUCAGGUGUCGAUUCAUGAGACCGAGGACCCCAACGAUCCCAGGUAUCUGCUGGUGAUGAAGGGUGCCCCUGAGCGGAUCAUGGACCGCUGCACGACGGUCUUGCUGCACGGCAAGGAGCAGUCCAUCGAUGAGGAGUUCCGCGAGGCCUUCAACACCGCCUACCUGGAGCUGGGUGGCCUCGGCGAGCGGGUCUUAGGAUUCUGUGACUACUUCUUGCCCUCGGAGCAGUUUCCUCCUGGGUUCGAUUUUGAUGCGGAUAUCCCCAACUUCCCGCUGUCCGGCCUUCGCUUUGUCGGCCUCAUGUCCAUGAUCGACCCGCCGCGCGCUGCUGUGCCGGACGCCGUCGGCAAAUGUCGCAGUGCAGGCAUCAAGGUGAUCAUGGUGACAGGUGACCAUCCAAUCACAGCAAAGGCCAUCGCCCGUGGUGUGGGCAUCAUCUCGGAGGGCAGUCGCACUGUGGAGGACAUCGCUGCAGAGAGGGGCAUACCGGUUCAGGAAGUUGACCCAAGGGAGGCUGAGGCGGCAGUGAUCCACGGCGGUGACCUGCGUGACAUGACACCGGCGCAGAUCGACGAGAUCCUGACGAACCAUUCGGAGAUCGUGUUUGCGCGAACCUCCCCUCAGCAGAAGCUCAUCAUCGUCGAGGGCUGUCAGCGCCAGGGUCAGAUUGUGGCAGUCACCGGCGAUGGGGUCAACGACUCGCCCGCCUUGAAGAAAGCGGAUAUCGGUGUGGCCAUGGGCAUCGCAGGAAGUGAUGUCAGCAAGCAGGCGGCGGAUAUGAUUCUACUGGACGACAACUUCGCUUCCAUAGUAACAGGCGUUGAGGAAGGUCGUUUGAUCUUUGACAACCUAAAGAAAUCCAUCGCCUACACCUUGACCUCCAACAUCCCGGAGAUCUCGCCGUUCUUGAUGUUCAUCCUGGCUGACAUCCCCUUGCCGCUUGGGGUCAUCACCAUCCUGUGCAUCGACCUGGGAACCGACAUGGUGCCUGCUAUCUCCCUCGCCUACGAACAGGCAGAGAACGACAUCAUGAAGCGACAACCGCGCAACCCCUACAAGGACAAGCUGGUCAACGAAAGGCUCAUCUCCAUGGCCUAUGGUCAGAUCGGGAUGAUCCAGGCGUCGGCUGGGUUCUUCACCUACUUUGUCAUCAUGGGCGAGAGCGGAUUCUUCUACGACCGCCUCUUCGGGCUGCGCAAGGCCUGGGAUUCUCGGGGCAUCAACGAUCUGCCGGACUCCUACGGACAGGAGUGGACUUAUUCUCAGAGGAAGAAGCUGGAGUAUACAUGUCACACCGCCUUCUUCGUCUCCAUCGUCAUCGUGCAGUGGGCCGACCUCAUCAUCUGCAAGACUCGACGACUGUCACUCUUCCAGCAAGGGAUGAAAAAUCAUCGCCUGACCUUUGGCCUGUUCUUUGAGACGGCGUUGGCCGCAUUUAUGUGCUACUGUCCAGGACUGGACAAGGGUCUUCGUAUGCAGCCACUGAGAGCCUCGUGGUGGUUCACGGCCAUACCCUUCAGCCUGGCCAUCUUUGUGUACGACGAGUGCCGGAAGCUUAUACUACGUCGAAACCCUGGAGGCUUCGUGGAGCGGGAGACUUACUACUAGCCGCUUAAUGCCUCGCAUUCCAUCCACAAACAGCAGCAGAGCUUAACAACGGACAGGUUAACAAACACAAUGAAAAGCAAACCCAAGUAACAAAUAUUCAGCAAGCUGAAGGAAGCGGACGCACCUCCCUGACAGCGCCCCUAGAAACAGCGCGUGGGCACACCAAGGGAAAACAGCGCCAAGGGUCGGGGUAAAUGUCGGGGUAAAUUUUAAUACAAGAAAAAAAAUUAUAUAUUUUCAUGUACAUAGACUGCAUUCAUACCUAGGUGUAUUAGAUAAAUGUGUACAUGCAUACAUAUUUUGGUCAUUCGCAUCCAGUCACUCAUCAGUUCCGACAGUUUCUCCAGUGUACCAAAGCUUUAGUUGACAGAGUUAUUCAAGUAUAUACACAAAAAAAAUCCGUUUCAGGACAGUUGAACAUUAAAAGGAAUGGCGCAGUUAAAAUAAUUGUUAUUUCGAACAGAAUUACAGUUUUGUUACAUGGGCGACCAACUCAAGCUUGGUGGUUCAAAGUGAAUGGUUAAUGUGAUAUUAAUUAGUGAUAAAACAUGAAAUACUAUGUGUGUAGUGCAGUUCUCACUGUGUUUUGACAGCCAUGGACGGACUGUAGCUAUUAGAGGUUACAAAGGAAGGUGAAUCACCUUUUCAUAACCUCGUCAAGCGACACAGUUGUGUGUUUGGGUCACGAGUUAGCCGGCAUGUCCCCAUCAUCGUCAUCGUCAUCGUCAUCAUCAACGUCAGAAAUCGUUAUCUUCAAUAGCUUCACAUUUAUAUACAUAGAUUAGCAGUAAGAGGAUGUUUAUCUCGAAUUAAAGUUUGUGUUCUUCGUCAUUGUCACCAGCAUCCCGAGAAAACCAUUUUUAAAGACAUGAUGUAGAUGGCAUUGAGUGAAAGAUGGUGUCAGUUUGAUUUACUCAUUUAUUAGCGAGGUUUUGAUACUGUUGUCUUCACUUAUUUUUGGCUGUUGCUUUUUUUACGAUUAUGGUUUUGUUAAUAUGUUGUCGGCUUAUUUCGCAUAGGAAAAAAAAACAGAUGUGGUCCAGUCGAGGAUAGCGUGCAAAGCAGCGCCAUCCAAUCACCACAUAUUUUCCUAUUUUAAUAGGAUCUCUUUUACAGUACAUUUUAAAUUGUAAAAUUAUGACAGCGAGGUAUACUGAUUGUGUUUCGUAUGUAAAUAUUUGGAUUGUGAACGUAUGUCCCAAAAGGUGUUUACAUCAUUUAGAAUAUUGUGUUUAGAGCAGUUCCUUAUCACGAUCAUCAGUUAAAAGUUUUUAUUUCGAUCUCCUUCAGCGCAUGCGUGUCACAAACAUCAGAGAUUACUCCAGGUGAUAUGGCUGACUUCAUCGUAAUGACAUCUUCAUUCAAGAAUUUCACUUUCAGUUAUUGUAAAUCAUAUCAAAAAUAUUAGUUGGUACGAUAUAAAAGUGUCUGGAAUCAUAGUUAUCACUUCAUUCGCCAUUCAUUGCAUCUCAUUUAGGGACUGGUUAGAAGGAUAUUUGCUCAUGCAAUGAUUUGUGUUUGAAUUUAUUUCCGUGUAGAAUCUCAGAAAUAUUAGCUGUUACUGUAUUAAAAUUUUUAAACUUGUACUAAUGCGUGUAUCGUUGUAGAAAAAUGUAUUACCUUUUGUGAAAAUUUUAGUGAUCUGUAAAUUUUGCAGUCGUGAGCCUCUCAAACUAAUUAGUCGAAAUCGUUCUUCUAGUGACUAACGAUAUUCGAUCUCUUUUGAACUCUUUACCUUUCUUUACUUUUGUUUGUCUGUCUGUGGCUGUCUGUGUCUGUCUGUCACAGGUUUCGUUGAACUAUCUUGCGUAGUCAUUAUACAUCAGUUGAUGUUUGCCUUUCAGCCUCACUUGUGCUCUAUGCACUGUAGAGUCCGUCACACAUGAUAUGUGACUGUGAUGACAUGUUGAUGUUUGACUGAGGAUAGUCACUAUCUAGACUGUUGUUUCCAUUCUGUGUCAAAACUGCUCGUCCCUCAUUUUAUUUAUAUGUGUAGCGGCUCCGUUAGUUUUCUCUGCGGGUUGACCGUUAUUUAUUAUGUAUUUUUUUAUUUUCUUAACGGAGUAAAUAGACCUAUGUUGACAAACUUUUUCUCACUCUCUAUCUCUGUAGGCCUUUGCUCGGUAGUCCCUGUGUUUUCUUAGACAUUAGCAGGCGAAAAUGGAAGUUUGUAUUAUGACUGUUGUUUCUCCCUAGAAAAAGUAUCAAACGAUUUGUUUAAAAACAUUGCAGCUUCGUCUACUGUGUUCAGCUUUCAAAAGUAUCUUCCAAUAACAUGUUGCAGUGCAGAUUUUUUUAAUCCAGUCGGUUAUUUUUAUUUUAGUUUUGGCUCAAAAUCUGUUUUGUUUAAUUUUAUGUGAGAUACUAUAGCAUUAUGGACAGUAAUUAUAUAAACAGUUUAUUUUCUUGUGAAGUAUUUCGUGUUGUAUUUUGUAGUACAUUACUCGUGUCAGAAAUACAUGGCUGGAGAAAAAAAAUGCAUCAUGCGAUGGUUGCCCUCAGAUAAAGAUCCUCACUCUAAAGAUGUUAUCCUUAGCAAUUUGCCUUUAGACCGACCAGCGAUCACGUGACCGUGUUCGGGUGGACGCCAGCCUGGAGGGAGACUUAUUCAGGGACAAAGGUCAUGGUGGCGUGCGAGAUGUUGCACUCUUCACCGCAGUGUACUCUCCUACCUACGGGACAUGAACGGGACGCUGGUGCAGAUUUUUUUGUAACCCACGUGUUUUUGCAGACAUUUACAGAGUCUAGUUAUUUACUGUCCUGUCUACUGAAGAGAGGGGAAAAUGCAGACAUCUGAAAACAGUGAGAUGUAAAGAUGUUUAUCUGAUGGUGGAAGAUUAAAAUUUGGACUUUG